AUGGCGUCGAACCCAGCCCAGUCGUUCGUCCUGAGGCCGGUGCCUCAGAGUGAUCGCCGGCCAAAGAACCUGGGUGAAUUCAUCGCACGCGUAAAUGCCGACCGAGGUUUUCGAAAUGUCACAGAGGAGAGCCUGCGCAAAGAGAUGGAGGCAGAGGCAGAAGCGAAUGGCAUCCUGGAGUCGAAAGAAGUCGACAUGGCCAAUGGCGAGGGCGCGGAUGGUGACGGCGACGGGGAAGGAAACAAUGCUGAGGACGACGAAGGCGCAGACCAGGUUGGGAUCGAGGACCUGCACCAGGCGAUUGGAGAUGUGCGACUCCAUGCCGAGACCGCGCACCAGAAUGCCAUGCUCGCCCUCGACUUCGUCUCAUUGCUGAUCACAAAGGAGAACCCAAGACCAGCCCAAGAUACGGUCUCCCCAGCACUCCGAGAUCUCGUCGGCAUUGGCAGCCUCGGCGCAGACAAACUAGCUGCUUCAAAUGUCACACCUCAGCGUCUGCUGGAUCAUAAGUUGGUAGCCACGGGCUGGAAGUUGACAGAUAUCGACAGGGCGGUGAACUCUGUUCUCACAUCCGCCUCUCGGUUGCAGAAAGAAAUUAGUGUCGAGACCAAAUACUGGGCCGAGGUCCUCGCAGUCAGUGAGAAAGGCUGGGCUGUCACACGCGUUCCCAACGAGCCAGAGACCCUUGGUGUCAGGUAUGGCUUCUCGGAGGCUGCGCCCGGAUUCCGAAAUACAAGCCUCGCGCCGAUGAGACGCGGUGACGACGGCACCGUCGACCUGGACUGUGGGAAAAUGCUUGGUGAAUCCCAGCGUCUACUCGUCACUUUCGAGAAGAACCACCGGAUCGUCGGGCGGUCUUUGCUCCCAAGACCGCUUCCACAAGAUGCACCGUUGGAGGAGAGGGUUCUCGAAGCCAGGAACACCAUCUUCGCGCAGGAAUUGUGGCAUGAGAUGAAUCGCGAGGGCCGCCUGCUACAGGCUUACGGUGUUCGGCUCGAGAAUGACGCGCUUUCAUAUACUCUGAAUGGCGAUAUUCGGAUCGUCUUUAGUCUACAGCCACUUGAACGAGCCGUUGAGGAGGGCGCUUCGGAAACCCUUCCAGAAGACUACCGUGCCGAAUCUCUGAGCUCGGCUCUGCACCAGUUGUUGACCUAUGCGCAUCGCAUCAACAACCAGAGGCGAUCGCGCCCUGAUUCCAAGAACAGAGACCAAUCCACGACAAUGUCGCCAUAUCCUCUCCUACGUCCCGUCCUCGCCAAUCUUCAGCACGAAACAUCUAUCGACGAUGCCACGCGCUUCAUUUCGGAUUUGUCGACCAUCUUGCACUCCGCAGGGAUCGCCACAGUGAAUUUUAAACUGGUCGAACCGCCCAUCUCCUUGGAUCUGGCCUCGACAAAUGGGUCUCCGUCAGAGGCCCUCAUCCAAGCACUCUUCGGGCCCUUGGAGCUUCAGUAUGAACUGAACAUCACACCAGAGUCUCGACUUCUUAUUCACUGCAAAACAGUCAUGGGCAACGUCAUUGCGACACCCUACCACGUCUCCAUCCUACCGCCGGCGCAGGGAGGCACAAACCCUCUUUCAAAAGCAUACCCUCCAGUUCACCUUCAGGGCGAGGGAUACACACUACGCGAUCUCAAAUACUACCUGCAACAAGCCGUUGCGCGGGUCCUGGUCGACCGUGCCAGCACUAUUGUGUUGACUGCCAGAGCACCGUCGCCGAGCGACGAGGACGAGCUGCCAAUCGUAUGGGCAAAGCACAUCUCCGGGGUCGCCCUCGAGAACAGCAACGACGCUAGGGAACAGUUGCGCUUUGAAGUCAUCCUCUCGAAGCUCGGUCACCCCGAGCUGCACCUCUUUGGGAGUUGGGUCGUCGACCAGCCCAAGCCUGCGACUAGGACUUGGACUUGGACGGUCGGCGAUGUCAAGCAGGGGCUGAAGAAGGAGAGCAUCGAGCAGGUUCUACGUAAUGUCGUGGCUCGCGUGGCUCAGCCUUUGCCUUGA